AUGAAAAGAAUAGUUUCCAUUCUAUUGAUUGCCUUAACAUUGACAAUCCUCGCUCUCACCAUUAGAAAUGUUCGUGGUGAAGAAGAAACUCAAAGUGUUUCCACUCUCUCAACCUAUAUUCCAAGAGUAAGAAAGCACAAGAAGAGACACCUCCACAAGAGAAGACCUCACAAGUACAUUGAUUCCUAUGGAAAGAAGAGAAGACGUAACCAUAAGAAGAGAAGAGUCGAUAUUUACAAGAAGAAGUUUGAUACUUAUGGUAAAAGAGUUAAUAAGAGAAGACAUGGUAAGAGAUACGGAAAGAGAAGACACAACAAGAAGAGAAUUGAUAUUUAUAAGAGAAAGAGAAUCGAUACCUAUGGUAAAAAGUUCAGAAAGAACAAGAGACACGGAGGAUCAUCAAUGCAAGUGAAUGGUUAUUUGAAUGCACUGACCCAAAAUGGAUUAGGACAACAACAACAAUUUGGGUCAUCAUUAAAUAAUAAUGGUGUUGGUAUGAAUUCUAUUGGAGCAAAUAAUAUGAUGGGUAGAAAUUUAAAUCAACAAGCACCAAUGGGUUUUAUGGCUUCAUCUGGUUUGGGACAAAAUGGUAAUGCCUUCCGUGGAAUGAACAUGAAUACAAUGACAGGUACACAACAAGGAGUUAAUAAUAAUAUCAUUAGAGGAUCAACGGGUAUGAAUAACCAAAUGAAUAACCAAGGUAUUUUCCAAAAUCAAGGAAAUCAAAACAAUGUAUCAUCAAAUGUUGGUAAUACAAACAAAUAUCCACCAACAAGUGUAUCUCCAACACAACAAUUGAUUCACAGAUCGACAACACCAAACGCUAAUGGAUCAAAUUUGCUUUCAUCAUCAACAGGAGAUUCCUAUAGACCUUCGGAAUCCAUCUUGUCAAUGAUUAAUGGACAACAACAAUUCGGUCAAUAUCCAUCAAUGAACCAAAAACUUCCUCCACUCCCUCAACAUAACAUUUUCAGAAAUGUUUUGAAUGCUAAUCCUCAACAAAGACAAGCAGCUCUGAUACAAGUUAGAAAUAUUGCUCAACAAAAUGGUUAUGAUAAUUCCGCUAUAGAACAACAUUUACAAGAGUUUUUACUAUAUGAACAAAGGUAUUAUCAAAUUCAACAACAACAAGCUUUACAACAACAACAACCAAUUCAACAACGUACUGCUACUGCUGAUGAUAAGUUUGGUCUGUUAGGUUUGAGCAAUACAUUUGCUUCUAAAGAUUCGGAUUUGACUGCUCUUGCUCUUGGAUUGGAUCUUACCUCUCUAGGAUUAAACUUGAAUGCUUCGGAGUUUUUGUAUCAGAAUUUUGCUUCUCCCUUUGCUGAGGUUCCUCCAUCAAAUGUUAUACCUGAUUACAAAUUACCAGAAUGUUAUAAGGUUACUGUGCAGUUACAAGACUUCCAUGUUGACAAAUUCACAGAAGAAACACUGCUGUAUAUCUUUUACACAAUGCCACGUGAUGUGCUACAAAUUGUAGCUGCAAGAGAGCUGUCAAAGAGAGGAUGGAAAUAUCACAAACCAACUCAAUUGUGGCUCAUUAGAGAUCAAAGUGUAAAUGAUUUCCAACAAAAUGCCAAAGCUGAAAAGGGAACCUACUUUUUCUUUGACACUGCAACUUGGACCAAGAAACGAAAAUCUGGAUGUGUUCUGGAGUAUGAUCAAUUGUACAAUGCCGCUUAUUUUUCAAAGUAA